AUGGAAGGCUCCAAUGGCUUUGGGAUUGACUCCAUUCUCUCCCACCGAGCGGGCAGCCCCGCCCUUCCCAAGGGGGACCCCUUGCUUGGGGACUGCCGUUCACCCCUGGAGCUGAGUCCGCGCUCAGAGAGCAGCAGCGACUGCUCUUCGCCAGCCUCGCCGGGAAGAGACUGUCUGGAGACCAGUGCCUCGCGGCCCGGUGCGGCAUCUGGCCCAGGUUUGGACUCUCACCUGCAGCCGGGGCAGCUUUCAGCCCCAGCCCAGUCGCGAACCGUCACCUCCUCCUUUCUGAUCAGGGACAUCCUUGCUGACUGCAAACCUCUCGCGGCCUGUGCACCCUACUCUAGCAGCGGGCAGCCUGCAGCCCCUGAGCCUGGGGGCCGCCUUGCGGCCAAGGCCGGGGAGGACUUUCGGGAUAAGCUGGACAAAAGUGUCAGCAGCGCCUCGUCGGACUCUGAAUACAAAGUGAAGGAGGAGGGUGAUCGCGAGAUCUCCAGCUCUAGGGACAGUCCCCCUGUGCGCCUGAAAAAGCCACGAAAAGCGCGCACCGCCUUCACUGACCAUCAGCUGGCGCAGCUGGAGCGUAGCUUCGAGAGGCAGAAAUACCUGAGUGUGCAAGACCGCAUGGAGCUGGCUGCCUCGCUCAACCUCACGGACACGCAGGUCAAGACCUGGUACCAGAACCGCAGGACUAAAUGGAAGCGACAGACAGCCGUGGGGCUGGAGCUGCUGGCGGAGGCAGGCAAUUACUCGGCGCUCCAGAGAAUGUUCCCGUCGCCUUAUUUCUACCCUCAGAGUCUCGUUUCCAACCUGGACCCGGGUGCCGCGCUCUAUCUGUACCGCGGCCCCAGUGCGCCACCGCCUGCCCUCCAGAGACCUCUGGUGCCCCGCAUCCUCAUCCACGGACUCCAGGGCGCCACCGAGCCGCCCCCGCCGCUGCCCCCGCUGCCCGGUGUCCUCCCGCGCGCCGCGCAGCCUCGGUGA